GAAAGCCUGAACUCCGAAGUGGUACCCGUUCUCCAUCGUCGUCUCUCUCUACCCCAAGGUCGAGUUCGGUGUUCCAGAAUCCAGACCCAGUUCCCCUGUUGGGUCCGUGCUCGUCUCUGACAGUCUCACCCUUCUCCCUAGUUCAGUUUUUAAAGCUUUGGAUUUUGCACGAUUUUCGCAUGUACAAGAAUGGUGGGUUUAUCCCUUGGAGAAAAGCAAUUUAUACAAGGAGGUAUUGCUCAGGACCUCCGCUCUGAUGGUAGGAAGAGACUGACAUAUCGGCCCAUCUAUGUUGAAACUGGUGUUAUUCCUCAGGCAAAUGGUUCAGCAAGAGUCAGAAUGGGUGCCACGGAUGUCAUUGCCAGUGUGAAGGCUGAAUUAGGAAAGCCAAACUCAUUGCAACCUAACAAAGGGAAAGUCUCUAUACGUAUUGAUUGCAGCCCAACUGCUGAGCCAGCUUUUGAGGGUAAAGGAGGUGAGGAAUUGUCAACAGAACUGUCAGUUGCUCUUCAGCGUUGUCUCUUGGGUGGUAAAAGUGGGGCAGGUGCUGGAAUUGAUCUCUCUUCGCUGGUUGUUGUGGAGGGAAAAAUUUGUUGGGAUCUUUACAUUGAUGGGCUGGUUAUUAGCUCAGAUGGAAAUUUGUUAGAUGCCCUAGGAGCUUCCAUUAAGGCUGCUUUGAGCAAUACGGGCAUCCCAAGAGUCCGUGUUUCUGCUGGUGCAUCUAGUGAUGAGCAACCAGAAGUUGACAUUAGCGAUGAAGAGUUUCUGCAGUUUGACACAUCUGCAGUCCCUGUUAUAGUUACCCUGACUAAGGUUGGUAGGCACUAUAUUGUUGAUGCCACUUCGGAAGAGGAAUCACAAAUGAGUUCUGCUGUAUCUAUUUCUGUUAAUAGGAAAUGGAACAUCUGUGGUAUAACCAAACGAGGGGGUGCAGGGUUGGAUCCUAGCAUCAUUCUUGAUAUGAUAUCUGUGGCCAAGCAUGUGAGUGAGCAGCUAAUUAACAAGUUAGAUUCAGAAAUAGCUGCUGCUGAAGCUCAAGACGAGUCAUGACAAACUAGGAAAAUUAGUUUAUUAAAUGAUUAACUUUACCUCCACUCCUUUAUCCUAAGCCAUUGAUAAGGUUAAAUGUAUUUUUACGUAGCUGAACAGAAAAUUUCCCGUGGUUUCAUGGCUCAGCAAAAAUUCAAUGUUGGUAAUAGUUACCAAAUAGCAGCUGAAGAAGCUGAAGAUCGGUUUUGACAUACCAUGUCUUCAAAGUUGUAUAAGCUGUGUACUCGGUAGGUUGGCGCUAAUUUUUAAGUGAUCGACUUCAAUUUA